ACGCCACUUUUCCCUUUUGCUUUUGACACUUCGGCGAGAAACCUCGACAAAAGAUUUUCCUCAAAAAUGUCUGACGUUGAAACAGAUGAUGCUCCCGCGCCAACCCCCGCACCCGCACCCGUCAGUGGAGGCCCCAUGGACGUGAACCAGGCCCUGCAGGAGGUACUGAAGAAGGCGUUGAUUCACGAUGGUGUCGUUCAUGGACUGCACGAGGCUGCUAAGGCCCUGGACAAGAGGCAGGCGGUUUUAUGUGUGUUGGCUGAGAACUGCGAUGAACCCAGAUACAAGCAGUUGGUGCAGGCCUUAUGUGCGGAGCACCAGAUCGACCUGAUUAAGGUGGACAACAACAAAAAACUGGGCGAAUGGUCAGGACUAUGCAAAAUCGACAGCACGGGGAAGGCGAGGAAAGUCGUUGGCAGUUCGUGUGUAGUCAUCAAGGACUUUGGAGAAGAGUCUCCAGCCCUUGACGUCCUUAAGGAAUACUUGAAAAACAACAAAUAAUUAUAAGGUUUUUUAUGUAAUAUAAGGACAAUUGAAAAAUGCAA